AUUAACAUUGAACAUAUGGGUAGUUGUACAUCAAAUUUAAAUGCAGAGAAAGUUGGAAACAAAUCAAGAGUUAUAAACAUAGUUCACUCAAAUGAAAAAUUAGAACAGUUGAAAGAGCCAAUAAAAGCAUGGCAUAUUCUGUCUCAAAAUCCAAACCACUUCCUCUGUUCAUCAGAAUCCAUGUUUGUAGAUUCACCAAUGCUUCCAGUGAUUCCAACUCAAGAGCUUCAAUUUGAUCAUAUAUACUUCCUUCUCCCACUCUCCAAAUCACGUGUCUCUCUUUCUCUACAAGAUCUUUGCGCUCUAGCUAUCAAGGCUAACACAGCUCUUGCAAAAACUACUUCCAACUCAACACUUUCUGUUUCACAAACUAGAAAUUCCAAAACACACCCUAUUCUUUCAAAUCUUUCUCUUUGAUAU